AUGGUAAUUACUAAUGUUGACUUUGAAUUAUUUGAAUUCUAUUCUGCUGAGUUUCCAGUUUCAUGAUCAAUAAUACAAGGGACUGGACGAAGUGAUUAUUAUGUAGCUACUUUGAAGAGUUAUCAAGAGUCUGCUACUUCAUGUCUUGGGUUGAAUGUUCAAAGUGAUGGCCCACAGAUCUCUGCUAUUAGCUGUUCGUUUCCUCAGACCUGCUGCCAGUACUGGCCAUUGUGUACUUCAACCCUCGUUUGUACAGCCGCUCUACAGAGGGCAUGGUUGCCAUUCUCGACGCCUUCUGUGCACAGAAACCUCGGUAGGAGAUAGAAUUAGUCUGUGGAGAACCGUGGACGAAGCGCUUGAAGAUGCUGCCAACAAUGGUCACCUAUACACUGAUGUCAACAUGGUUAUGGCCGUGCAGCAACUCUUGGCUAUCGAAUCCAUGCGAUCAGACCUGACACCGGAAAAGCGCAGCACAUGGGCGGCCAGUCAGAACUUGAACGACCUCGUUCGUACCAUAAACAGUCGACUGCAGCGUCGACCCAGUCCGGCAGCCUUGGUGCUGAUGGCGGAGGGCUACCUGCAAUUGCGUUUGGAUUGCCGCAUGUUGUUCUUGACGUGCUGUGACUUUAACGGCCCGGACCGCGCAGACUACAUUUUUGAGUGUGCUGCUAAGUGUGCAAAGCGUAACCUACAUCAUCACGAACUCUGGUCUGUGUUGCUCAAGUUGUUAGCCUCUCUGCCGGACAUCGGUGAACAUAAAUCAAAGGUCGCCGCCUUCCUCCGGAACUGUCCUGCUUUUCAAACUGCAGUGGAAAAGGGGCUGAUCGCCGAGCUCCAUGAUGUGUUUUGGUCGUUACCGCUGGCUGAACAUGAUAUGUCGGACAUUGUACACAUGCUGCUCUCAACGUUUUCCAAUGCUGCAGUGGACAGUGAGCUGAUCCGGGCUGUGGAUGAGCGCUGUGAGGAGCUCAGUGAGAGUGACUUGCAUGAGCUGUGCGACAUGCUGCUGAAGAUCCGCAAUGUUGACCUUGCCAUGGCGAUAAAGCGCCGCGUUGCAGCCGGAGAGGACGGCCUCGCAGACCUACCACUUUAUGUGAAGGUCUGUGCUGUCAUGGCAACCCACCUGCAGCUGAACAGGGAAUUUGUCCAGAUUGCAUGCAGCUACAUUACGCCGAGAAGGACUGAGCUCAGCCAUGCUGAUAACUUGAGUCUUCUCAGAUCCUUCUCGUCGGUGAAAGUUCAAGCAGUGCCUGAAGUUAAGGCAUUCAUCGAUGAAGCAUUAAUGCCAAACUUAGUGUCUCGACUGGGAGGGCUGUCUCUAUCUGACAUAGCUGAAGUGUGUGAUUACAAUCAGGUCGCAGUGAAAACUGGCCGUACCAGUGUUCAAAUGAUGGAGCAUCUUGCAUUGCAGGUUGGUAAGUUCACACACGAGCAUGGCAGCUCGUCGCAGUUCUCACAACUGCUCAAUGCCUUUGGCACGUGGGAGACGCGCUUCUUGCAGUUCAAGUGCAGAGAAAAGAAGGUCCCGUACAAACUCGGGCCGAAGAUGUUUGGUCGCAUCGGGCCGUCAAUCAGCAAUGGCUUCAUGGAGAGAGACUGGCCGCUGAAGUACUACAUGGUGUUUGUGAGGAAGUUUGAGCUGCUUGGUGCCGAUCUCAUGGCAUGGGCACGUCUGUAUCACAAAUUGCAUCCCCAUCUGAAAGAACUCGAGCCGCAUGAACUGUAUGAUCUGCACGGCAGUAUGCUUCAGCUUAAUUACAGAGACGGUGAAGUGACAGCCACUGGUGUUUUGGACGAGCUUCUGAGCAGAGUGCCGGAUGCCUCUUUCCCCACCGGUUACUUUCCGCAUGCAGUCCGAAUGGUCAUCAACGGCUCUGUUGACCGCGUCCGGAGGGCACAUAUGGAGACAGUCGAGAGGGCUGCGGUGGAGCGCCAGGCAGCUCUUUCGUCGAGAACGUGGGCUGAGUUGAUAGAGGCCUGGUCAGAGCAGGGUGACUGCAGCAAGAAUCUCUACAUGACUGCCUGCGGGCGCUGUCGAUUGAGCAAGGACUGGUUACCCGAGGACACCGUGCGUCUGAUCAGCGCGGUGUCGCGUGGCAGCAUAUGCAGCCGACCGUUGCUCAUGGACUUGCAGGAUACCGAGUGGGGUGAGACGCUGGUGCGUUCUGUCCCGGACCGCAUGCUGCCCGUGCUAGUGCAUAGCUAUGCCGCCGUCACUGUCAAUGCACCCAAGCUACUGGAGCAUGCGCAUAAUCGCUUGGAACGCCUUUUGAUCGGGCCCAGUGGCGGCGCCUCGCGCUCAUCCAAGUCACCAGAAGCCAACCUGUCAAAAGUUAUCGACGUUGCUUGGAGCUUUGCAGUACUCGGCCACAACGCGCCAAAGAUUCUUGCGCACGCCAUGUACUCUGGGAAUAAGGGAUAUGAGAAGCUAAGCGAAGACGACCUAUUGAAGCUCAACGAUCUCAACAGCUAUGGCCUGCGUGAGAGACAUGACCUGAAGCUCACUGGCCUGCAAGAUGAAUGCUGGCAAGCGUGCCAGCGUGCUGUGUCGGACCGAACCAGGAAGCUGGUGCGUGAGAGUCACCACGUUAUCUUCAACAAUGGUUUGGACGCCGCCCUAGUGGAGCUGCUGGGCGGAGAAGAGUUUGUACAGCGUAACGCUGUCACCGAGGGCGGCUACCUAGCUCACUUUAUUGUCCAGUUUGACGAGAUGGAUCGCCCUGUGCCAUUUACCUCUUCUGAUUUGCCUCCGUCCCUUGGGCAGCUUACUGUGGAGAAUACAGGCCUGCCACCAUUUAGCCUGAUGAAAAAGUCCUGUCGCUUUGACAAGUAUGUUGAGCGAUGCAACUUCCAAGAAUCGUCAAGGCACGACCAAAAAGUCGUUGAUGGUGAUGACAUUGGAGUUAAUGAUGUGGAUAAAGAUGAAGCAGGCAAAUCAGGUUCAAGACAUUCUACUGAGUCUCGGGCUGUUCAGACGGAAUAUGAUGAGCCAGUUCGACGCCUGUGCGUGCGCUUCAUGCCCAAGUUUUCGUGUGUGUACGAAACGGAACGACCUGCCGCUCGAACUCUGAUGGAUCUUCUGCAGGUAUCGGCUGCUGGAUGGUCGGUUGCCGGGAUUUCAGAACUUGAGUGGGAGACGAAAAUGUUGCCGUCCGACCAGCUAGGCUUGCUCAAGGAGAAGAUUUUCCCACCAGAGUACAGUGAUGCACAGCAGUCCCGGUGAAGAUGUUUGAAGCUGUGUGCGGGCAGUGGGGCGUGUUUCCGUGUUGACUUGUAGUGUUCAUGCAGGACAUGGACAUAGGGAUGGGCGAUGCAGCUUUUAAAUUCAUUGUCCUCUAGACCGCAGUCUCAGUCUUACUACUACUACUAGUUCUUAGAUUAGCUGGGAUCUAGAUUCAAAAGGGCCAUGAGCACAUCGUUCACCGGUAUAUUUAUUUUUACUUUCCACAUUCGUGUGACUUUCCAAUGACGUUUAACUUUUAGGUUUCAUUCUAUCAUUUGCCAUGGCGUUUUCUUGAUCUUUCUUGAACAGAAGUAUAAAAGUGGUUGUCACUCUUGGUGGCAUUAUCUUGGA